AUGGAGCUCGCCGCCUCGACGCCAACGCGGGUGAUCAUCCACCUGGACCUCGACUGCUUCUACGCGCAGGUGGAGCAGCGGCGCCUCAAGAUCCCGGACGGGCAGCCUGUGGCGGUGCAGCAGUGGGGGAGUCUGCUGGCGGUCAAUUACGAUGCGCGCAAGUUCGGCGUGGAGCGAGGAGACUUUGUGGACGACGCGAAGAAAAAGUGCCCGCAGAUUCACUUGCCGCAUGUCGACACGCUGGGGGAGAACCGCAAGCCCGGGCAGCUCUUCGACCGGACGCACCAGAAGGCCAUCCUCAGGAGAUACCGCGUCGCGAGCCGCGAGAUCUUUGCCAUCCUGGGCUCCAUGGCACCGAUCAUCGAGAAGGCGAGCAUCGACGAAGCGUUCAUGGACGUGACCGAGAUGGCCACGCAGAGGCUGGCGCAGACAGUGAAUUUCUGCCAGGAUCCAGCCAACCACGACACGAAACGUCUCCUCUGCAUCGGCGCCGUGAUUUCACGAGAAAUCCGCCAGGCGAUCUACAGCAAGCUCGGCUACACCUGUUCUACUGGCGUUGCAGGCAACAAGCUGCUCGCCAAGUUGGCGUCCCCACUGAACAAACCCAACGGGCAAGUCGUGGUCGCGCCUCGGUUCGUCGCCGAUCUCAUGAAGAGCUUGCCGAUGCGAAAGGUCCGAGGGCUUGGCGGUAAGCUCGGCAAGCAGUUGGAGACAGCCAAAGACGCGUUCAAGAAGCUGAGCGCGCACACGUUCCUACAGCGUUGCGGGCUGGCGGAGCUGACCAAGCACGUGGGCCAGGAAACUGCAGCGUACGUCCACCAAAUCUGCCAGGGCGACGACGGGAACGAACCGGUGGAGGAGAAGAAGGUGCAGGUGAAGAUGCUCGGCUGCUACUGGGUACGUCUGCUGUGCGAGGAGAUGGUCAUGCGCUGCGAGGACGAGCGCGUCGAGAACAAGCGCUUCCCGUCACAGCUGACGAUCCAGUUCACUCGUGCCAAACCUGGGGACAGGCCGCGCACGUGCAAGUUGGGCAUCGCGCAGGACACGACGGUGGACGAGCUGUACGCGGCGGCGAUGAACGUGAUGCGGCUGCACUUGGACAGCGUGUUCCCGCUGGCGGCCCUGAGCAUGCACGCCAAGAACUUCCACGACCUGGACUCGCAGGCCGUGACCACCAUCUCCAGCUUCUUUACGCGAGCUCCGGGCGAGGCGGCGUCGGCCGAGCAGCGCAUGGAGGAGGACAUCAAGCAGUUCGCUGCCAAGCGAGGCCGGGACGGAGCGGCGUCGCCGACUCGGAAGAGCAGUCGGCAGAAGAUAUCGGCCUUCUUCGGCCCGCCAAGCAGCAGCAGCAGCAGCAACGGCACUUCCAGUAGCACUGAUAACGGGGACAACUCAGAAAAUGCGCCGGCGGACGGCCACUUUUGCGCCGAGUGCCGGCGGUUCGUGUGCGAGCCCCAAGCCGAGCACGCCGACUUCCACUUCGCCCUGAGGCUCAGUCAGUCGCAGCGUAGCGAGGCCAUGGCGAGCGCGGGUGCAGCGAAGCCGAGGAAGAAGGGCCCGCUAGACGCUUUUCUUGCCAGAUAG